AGUUGGCAUUACAAAGGGGGGCGGGAGGGGGGGCGAAAGAGAAAGCCAGACGGAGGCGAUUUAAUGGGGAGAUGACCUCUCCCACCCACCCUCAGACAUUUUAAGAAACAUGCCAAAAUAAAAAGGAGAACUGGACUGGGGGAGUCCUUCUUCUUGAAGCACCAAAGUGCUUUAAGAAAAGAAAAGAAAACAGAAAAAAAUACGAGGCGAGGAAGAAAAAAUAUCUCUCUGAAAAAGGAAAAAGGAGGAGGUUAGCCGAGCGCCAAUCAAGUAAAAUGCAACUUUCGGAGGUAGCGGCGCUUGUGGUCGCCCUUAUUGGGGUUUGUGUCUGGACGGAAGACGGGAGCAAAGUUAUCUCGGAUCGCUUCGCGGUGUACUGGAACAAAACCAAUUCUAGAUUCCACCAAGGGGACUACACCGUGGAAGUCAGCAUCAACGAUUACCUGGACAUAUACUGCCCGCACUAUGAGAUCCCAUUUCCCAUGGACCAGAUGGAGAGAUACAUUUUGUACAUGGUCAACUACGAGGGACACAGCUCCUGCGACCAUCGGCAGAACGGCUUCAAACGCUGGGAAUGUAACCGUCCGGAUUCCCCCAACGGGCCCCUCAAAUUCUCCGAGAAGUUCCAGCUUUUUACCCCGUUCUCCUUAGGAUUCGAAUUCAGACCAGGGCACGAGUAUUACUACAUUUCGGCCACUCCACCUAACCCGGUUGACAAACCCUGCUUAAAGUUGAAGGUUUAUGUUCGGCCAACAAAUGAUUCCCUGUACGAAUCGCCAGAGCCCAUUUUCACCAGCAAUAAUUCCUGCUGCAGCUUCACCGUCCCCGAUGCCUUCUUCGUGGUGGUGCCGGUGUUUUGGACUAUCCUCGCUUCCUAGCCCCCGGCGGAAUUGCAGACGAGAAAUUGGGGGGGGGAUGUUUUCUUUUACAGCGGCAGCUGCAAAAA